CGGGAGGUCGAGGGGCGAUCGGGCCCGGCCCCCGAUCGACCCGUCGAUCGAUCGGUCCGUCGAUCCAUCGACCGGUCGAUCGAUCGGGUCCCGGCGCGAUGGAGUUCGCGGAGCUGAUCAAGACGCCGCGCGCGGACAACGUGGUGCUGCACCGUCCGCUGUACCCGGCCGUGGAGGGCACCCUGUGCCUCACGGGCCACCACCUCAUCCUGUCCUCCCGCCAGGACAACACGGAGGAGCUCUGGCUGCUCCACGCCAACAUCGACUCCAUCGACAAGAGGUUCGUGGGGUCCCUGGGCACCAUCGUGGUCAAGUGCAAAGACCUGCGCGUCAUCCGGCUGGACGUCCCCGGCAUGGACGAGUGUCUGAACAUCGCCAGCUCCAUCGAGGCGCUGUCCACGCUGGGCUCGGUCACCCUGAUGUACCCCUUCUUCUACCGGCCCAUGUUCGAGGUUGGGGAGGAUGGAUGGCAGGCUUUCCUGCCCCAGCAGGAGUUUGAGCGCGUCUCUUCCGUCACCAGCGAUUGGCGACUGAGCCAGGUGAACAAGGACUUCUCCGUGUGCCCCUCCUACCCAGCCCUGGUCACCGUGCCCGCCGCCGUGGACGACGAGGCCCUCCGCAAGGCGGCCCAGUUCCGCCACGGUGGGCGCUUCCCGGUGCUCAGCUACUACCACAAGAAGAACGGGAUGGUGAUGAUGCGGAGCAGCCAGCCGCUGACCGGCACCAACGGACGGCGCUGCAAGGAAGACGAGAAGCUGGUCAACGCCACCCUGCGCCCGGGCAAGCGCGGCUACAUCAUCGACACGCGCGCCCUGAACGUGGCCCAGCAGGCCCGCGCCAAAGGCGGCGGCUUCGAGCAGGAGGCCCAUUACCCCCAGUGGCGGCGCAUCCACAAGGCCGUCGAGCGGUACCCCAUCCUCCAGGAGAGCCUGAUCAAGCUGGUGGAAGCCUGCAACGACCAGUCCCACAACAUGGACCGCUGGCUCAGCAAGCUGGAGGCCUCCAACUGGCUCACGCACGUCAAGGAGAUCCUGACCACGGCCUGCCUGGCCGCCCAGUGCCUCGACAGGGAGGGGGCUUCCGUGCUGGUCCACGGGACGGAGGGGACGGACUCCACCCUGCAGGUGACCUCGCUGGCCCAGAUCCUCCUGGACCCCCGCUGCCGGACCCUGCGCGGCUUCCAGGCCCUGGUGGAGCGCGAGUGGCUCCAGGCCGGGCACCCGUUCCAGCAGCGCUGCGCCCAGGGGGCCUACGCCAGCGGCAAGCAGAAGUGGGAGGCGCCCGUGUUCUUCCUGUUCCUCGACUGCGUGUGGCAGGUCCUGCGCCAGUUCCCCUGCUCCUUCGAGUUCACCGAGCACUUCCUCAUCCUGCUCCUGGAGCACGCCUACGCCUCCCAGUUUGGGACCUUCCUGGGCAACAACCCCAGCGAGAGGUCCAAGCUGAAGCUGCCGCAGAAAACCAUGUCCCUGUGGUCCUGGGUCAAUCAGCCCACCGAGCUGGCCAGGUUCACCAACCCCCUGUUCGAGGCCAACGGCCUGGUCAUCUGGCCGUCGGUCGCCCCGCAGAGCCUCCAACUCUGGGAAGGGGUGUUCCUGCGCUGGACCCGCUCUUCCAAGUACCUGGACGAAGCCUGCGACGAGAUGGUUGCCAUCAUCCAGUACAACAAGGAGCUGCAGGCCAAGGUCAACGCCCUGCGCCGGCAACUGGCCCAGCUGGAGACAGAGGACAAGCUGCGGGAGAGCCCCUGAGAUGCCUCCGCCGGCCCCCGCCCCCCCUCCCCGCCCCCUCACCUUCACACUAAAUCGCCGGGGCUGGGGGCCGCACAGCCCCUCCGCUGGGUCGGAUCUGUCCGCGCAGAGCCCACGAAACGUGCGGCAGCUGCUCCCGUCGCCGCAGGUCUCCCCCCACCGCCGCAGGUCUCCCCCCCGGCCCGAGGGGACGGGCGCCUGGCAUUCAGGUGUCCAGGGGCCGGCUUCCCUCCCUCUCGGGCGUGCGAGCGGCCUGGUCAGAACCAGAGGAUCCGGGCUCCGGGUUACCGCUCCCCUUCCUCUCCUGGGGUCUGGCAGCCGAACUAGCACCAUGCCCGGCUCUGGCCCACCGCUUCCCUCUGCCCCGUGCCCUCCCCCCACCCCCCUGAGCUGUGGGCAGGAAUCCCGGCAUCCUGGGGGACCUCCGCCGUCCUCACAGGCAAAGCGAGGGCCCUGUGGGGGGCCGAGUAGGUAAGGGAGCGCCUGCCUGGGUUCUGGGGGACGUGCCCAUGGGAAAAGGGGGGUGGCAUCUAUCUAUGCCAACACUACUGUGGGU